AUGGAGGAGGGGGUGCAACGGAUCAUCAGGAGAAGGCAAGUAGAGGACAGAGCGAGGGCAGCGCAGGACGGAGACAAAGAGGCAGAGGAGGAGCUGCUGGGCUUGCUGACGCUGCCAUUGGAGCGAUACGUGAGGACGGCUGUGGAGGAAGGAGUGGGCAGGUUGCUGGUGAAGAAGAAGGAAGGGGAUGGGGAAGGAGGCCAGGGCUCGGAGAUUGUUCUCGGUCGGCUCAAAGAGCUAGCGGGUCACGGGGAGCACUACGUUCGAGCGAGCGUUGCAGUGGUGCUGAAGAGCGUCUUCGUGCUUGAGCGAGCAGAGGAGGCGAUUCGGCUCAAGUCACAAGGAGAUUUGAAAGAGGAGAGUUACAUCCAAGAAGAGUGCGACAUGGUGAAAGCUCUAGCAAGCGAUGACAACGAAAAACUGGCCAUGGCGCUUGACCGGCAGGCAGUGGAGACAGCGGCCAAGGCGACGUCGGACCAUGACAUGAGGGUCAGACACUACGGCACUGAGCUCCUGUGCGAGGUCUUUACAAGGGUUUCGAGGGAGCAAGAAGAAGAGAAAGAUGACUUGCGGCUUUUCUUCUUCAAGUCCUUGUACUUUCAAGUCUUCAACUUCCUCAUCCGCGCCUACCAUCAAGGCGCUCCCGAGACCUACGGCGACUUCCACAUGCGAUGGCUUGUGAUCAGCGCCAUGCGAAGCUCGUUCCAUCAGUCCAGCCCUGACGCCAUUCGAUCUCAGUUCGCAGCUCUCGAGCAAGUCUUCGACGACCAAGACAUCGUUGACGUGUUGGUGAAGGCCCUGACAGACCCCGAGCUGGAGGUUCGCAAGGUGGCCGCGGAGUCUCUGAUGGAGCUGGCUGAGGUAGGAGUGGACAAGGCAGUCCGAGCCUUUCAAAGCAACAUCAACGAGGUUCUCGAGCUGGGAACUGAAAAUGCCAGCCUCGGUCCAGCUCCCUCCCCUGGAGCGAAUGAAACACCUGAAGUUCGGCAAUGGAGGGAAGAGAAUGGAAAGGUAGCAACGUUACAAGAUGAGAAUGAGGAGAAGAGUGCAGAACAAGCACUGCAAGAGUUUAACCUUCGUGAAGAGAAGAGGAGGCAGGAUUACGAGAUCAAGCUCGCGAUCCAGUACAUGCAAGACCUUGAGGAGGAGAAUGACUGGAAGAAAUUGACAGACUUUGCAUUCCCAAGAGAGAAAGUUCGCAAGAGGGUUGUCAAGGAUGAAGAUGAAAACCCGGACAGGAGAGCUAUCAGGAUAAGAGCAGCUGAGUGCCUCCACAACCUCGUGGCGAGGGGCGUCGAUCAAGCAGCUGUAGGAAUCGUGAAGAACAUGCAGGAGUAUUCUCAACUUCUAGGAAUGUCAGAGAUGCUCUCAAACGCUGCGUCCAUCAUCGAAGUCGAGCAGCAAAGUGAGGUGAUGGACGAGAGAAGUGCAGCUGCCAUGGAGCUGGGAAGGAUGGCGGAAGAAGGUGACUCUAGAGCACAGCUGCUCCUCCUCGAGCACUGGAAGGAUCACGUCCAGGCCCUCAAGGCUGCAGGCGUCUUUCGCGGGAAGCUUGUUUCCAAUGCAGAGACGCUGGACAGGAGCGCGUGA